GACACAAAUGCCCGCUGCACCCGGAAGUAGCCUCGCCGCCACUAGUGGAGCGUAGGUAAAAGUUCGGCGCAGGCACGACCAGUAACGUACCCUAGUGGAGGUGCUGAGACGCUACCGGGCUGAAAUGUGACUUUCCGAUUGGCUCCUCAUGAGCGAGUCGGGAGGGUGUGGGCGUGGUUCUGCUGGCCUGCUACGUGUGGUGGGGGAGCUGCUGUAGCGAUGGGGAGCCGGGCGGAGGUUUUGAAGCUUUUUAGAGCAUUGCACAGAACACGGCAACAGGUUUUUAAAAACGAUGCCAGAGCUCUAGAAGCUGCAAGACAAAAGAUAAAUGAAGAAUUCAGAAACCAUCAAGAUGAGACCUCUUCUGAGAGAAUAGCAGAGCUUAUGAAAAUAGGUUCAGAUGUUGAAUUUCUACUCAGAACAUCUGUUAUACAGGGACUACAUACAGGUUCUGACAGUCUGAUGCUUAUACCCAGGAAAGAUCUGCUACUAGACAAUAUUCCUUACUGUGAUAGUCCAACACGAAAGCUUUGAACCUUCAAGGAAUAAAGUACAUCUUGUUUUAUUUUCUUUUUUCUGAAACCAAAAUUAAUUUCCUGGAACAGAAUCUCUGAAAACAAGUACGUGAAAUCUCUGUGUUCAGACUAAACUUGGAAAAUAUUGAAUCCUUUUGGCAGGAAACACAGAUUAACUCAAUCCACUGAUUGUACUCUGUACUGGGAAGGUGUAUUUGAGAGAAGCAAGACUGUUGUCAUGUGUUUCUGAAGGACCCUUCUCUUCAUUGGGAAGGAUUACAUUUCCAUAGAAACUAAAGUCCCAUAUUGUUUGCUAAAAAUAUCCUAGGUGUACUCUUUUAUCUCUGCCAUUUCCAGAGAAAAUGUUUCAUUGUGUUUCAGAGGUUUUGCAAAGAUAAAUAAUAAUAAUAAUAAUAAUUACAAAUAGAAGUAGAGUGUUUAGUCCUGGAAAUAUUUAUUUAUAAAUUCAAAUAUAUUGAGAAACUGCUACAAAAUAAUGGUGAAAAAACAUUCUAUAACAUCUAGUUAUCUUUUUAAUUAUAAAUUGCACCACAGACCUGUUUUCUGAAAUUGUUAUUAUCUAUGCAAUAGUGCACUGGUAGCAUAUGAGAGGGUUUUUAUAAGGCACAUUAAAUAAAUUAUCAGCCUUUACA